CUGCGAGUUUGAACACAAAGUUGUUUGAGAGCGUCUGAACAGGAUAAAACACACAUACACACACUAGAGGACCAGAAGCAUGUAUUGCGCGUACACCAUCCCUGGGGUGAGCGGCGGAUCAUUCAUGUAUUACUAUAACGGCAAAGCGGUAUACGCCCCAUCCGCCAGCACUGCCGAUUACAACCGGGACUCACCGGGUUACCCGUCUUCUAAAGCACCGGGAAGCAGCUUUCCCAGUUCCUUCUUUAUGCCAGCUGACAAUAGUUACCCGUCGCACUCGUCAGCUGAGAUUAACCCCAGUCUUCCUCCCAUGUCCAGUUUCCAUCGCAGCGGCGGGACGAAUCACUACAGCGCGGCCUCCUGCUCCACCACCACCAACGGGACAGAGAGCGUCAUGGCGAAUCGAGCAUCGAGCGCAGCGGGAAGCAGCUCACAGACGGGAGACGCGUUAGGAAAGGCUCUGGCUUCAAUCUAUUCCCCCGAUCACACCAAUAACAGCUUCUCAUCCAACCCAUCCACUCCUGUGGGAUCUCCUCCCUCGCUCACAGCUGCCAGUACAGCCGUCUGGUCCAGAAACGGUCAGGGAGCCUCGUCCCCGAGUUACGAGCCGCCGCUGCACUCGCUGCAGAGUCGUAUCGAGGACAGGCUGGAGCGGCUGGACGAUGCCAUCCACGUGUUGCGCAGUCACGCGGUCGGACAGUCCACAGCGAUGCCUGGCACUCACGCAGACAUGCACGGACUGAUCACUCCGUCUCACUCUCACAACGGAGCCAUGGGCGGCCUGAGCGCCGGAUACAGCGGCGGACUGCUGCCCUCCAACAGACACUCGCUCAUGGUGGGCGGCCAUCGUGAGGACGGUUUGAGGAGCGGUCACUCCAUCGUGGCCAAUCAGGUGUCAGUACCACAGCUUCCUGUGUCAGCCACUUCCCCCGACCUCAGCCAGUCUGAUCCGUACAGGGCGCUCUCCGGAGGUCUGCAGGGUCAGAGCACCUCGUCUGUGAGCUCGGAGAUCAAAUCUGAAGACGAGGGAGACGAGAACCUGCAGGACGGAAAAUCUCUGGAUAACAAGAAGGAGGACAUGGACAGCAAGGAUCUGAAAUCUCUAGAGAGGUCGAGAUCUAGCAACAACGACGACGAGGAUCUGACUCCGGAGCAGAAGCUGGAGCGGGAGAAGGAGCGGCGCAUGGCUAAUAACGUGCGGGAGCGUCUGCGCGUGCGCGACAUUAACGAGGCCUUCAAAGAGCUGGGCCGCAUGGUGCAGCUGCACCUGAAGAGCGACAAACCCCAGACCAAGCUGCUGAUCCUGCAUCAGGCCGUCGCCGUCAUCCUCAGCCUGGAGCAGCAGGUCCGAGAGCGCAAUCUCAACCCAAAGGCGGCGUGUCUGAAGAGGCGGGAAGAGGAGAAGGUGUCGUCGGACGGUGCUCCGCUCUCAUUGGCCGGCGGUCACCACAGCAUGGGCGAGGCGUCCAAUCCCAUGGGACAAAUGUAAAGAGCCACACCCCCGUAAAUGGUCGAAGCUGCCAGAAUUCAUCAAAAUGAUGAGCGAUCACUUCCUUUGAUAGCGUCAUUUCUGCCCCGACCGUCCGUCAAACAAUCAAUCGACCGAUCGAACGAACGAACGAACGAACUUCCAUCCGACCGACCAACUCCUGCGUGUUCCCGUUCCUGACUGCGUCUGUGAGGAUUUAUCCUGUAAAUUAGGGAGUGGCGCCGGAUUCGUUGUGCAUAUCUUCCUCCAAGCAUUCCCUGUUGCAAAAGAAGACGUUUUUAUGUACGAACACACACGAAAAAGAGCGACGGGCGAUUCUUCAAACAUAUCAUGAUGUUGUGGAGGUGUGGAGGGCAGCCGUCUGAUUUCAAUGGCAAUCCUGUCCACACUGUGGAACUUUUGUAGCUGUGCCUCGCGGAACUCCUUACGGAAAAAUAGAAUUAGGAAAUUCCCAAUCAGUCGGGACGAGAGGAGCUGUCAAUCAAACGACCCAGACGGGAUUCGGCUGCAGAAUUUGACAAAACCCUUCAAACCUUUGCAAUAAUGUUGUUUUAGUUCCUGUGAAACCAGCAGAUCCCGGCAGUGAACGUUCAGAGGCCGUUCUGGAGCCGCUUUGGGCUCGUUUCGCGAACUUUUGCGGAUCACCUACGGAAGUCAUUUCGUUUAUUUGUUUGUUUCUAGCCAUCGACUCUCCCGAAGCCCUCCCGGACCCCGAAGAUGCAAUUUUAACAUGUCGAAACUUCAACCAACGUGCCUUUUAGAGCUCAUAUCAUCACACAACUGAAGGAGAACAUUAUCUAGGAUGCAAGCGUAUAGGAAGCGUUAGUCAUUAGGUCUAUGCAGUCAGGUUUUUUACGACCUGGAGUUUAAAAAAUAAAAAAAAAAGUAAAAAGGUAAAAAAAAGUAUUUUUGGGAUAAACUGUAUUUAAUGUACUGUACGGCUAUAUGUAAUUAGGAGGUGUGUCCAGCCCUGUGUGGCCCCGCCCACAGCCCCGCCCACCUGUCACCGUCGUUAUUGAGCAUUGUAUUAUAGAUAUCCGCUUUUACGAAUACAGGCUUGUUGUUGAGCCGCUGUAGUACAAAUGUGUGGUUGUACGUGUAAAAUGGCUUUUUCUCUUUUUUAAUCUCUCUAUUCUUCGUCUGUACUGGUUUCUCUGUCAAAAAAAAUGGGAAAAAAUGGACGGGAGGCACUGAAAGUGGACACAAAUCUAUUAGAAAAUCAAUAUAUAUAAAUGUAGAAAUAUAUACAGUAUAUAAAGAAACGGAAAGGAGUUCACGAGGAGCGGUUUUUCAUUCUGUAAAGCCGAGCGGAGACGUCCCCAACGCCAUCCGCUCCGAGAGACGUGACUCUAUUUUUCAUAACGUCACCGCGAUCGUAACGGCGGUGAAUGACGCUCUCGCAAAACCGCCGGCGAAGGGAAACACACACGGACAUUUGUAAAUUGUAUGCAACAAAUGCAAACGUACCAUUAUUUUGAAAUUGUGUAUGUAAAAGUUAUAUUUUUACAUGUAGGCUGUUGUUAUUUUGUGUUUAGAAAUGCGUUGUAUCAGUUCUUCUCUUUUGUUUUUUCAAAAAAGUACUUCAUUGUGUGUUGAAACGUGUCACAUUGAAAAUAUAGUGAGAAAAAAAGCAAAAAAAAAAAAAAAGUUUAUAUUUGCGGGAACAUUUUUCUUUUCUAUAACGGUGGGUGGUGGGGGUCGGGAAUCAAAGCUAUACGAUUACUCUUUCAUCCUCUUUCAUCAUUACAUUGUCAUUU